AUGGCACCUCAAUGGACUGUGGCCAUGGCCUGUGACGACGCUGGCGUCGGCUACAAGAACAAGAUCAAGGCCGACUUUGAGGCCGACCCGCGCGUCAAGGCCGUCGUCGACGUGGGCUCCCACGGCAGCGACGACAAGACACCGUAUCCCACACGCGCCGCCGCCGCCGCGCGCAAGGUGGCCUCGGGCGAGGCGGAUCGUGCGCUCCUCAUCUGCGGCACCGGCUUGGGCGUCGCCAUUGCCGCCAACAAGAUCAAGGGCAUCCGCGCCGUGACCGCCCACGAUCCCUUCAGCGUCGAGCGGAGCGUCAAGAGCAACAACGCGCAGGUGCUGUGCAUGGGCGAGCGCGUCAUUGGCGUCGAGCUCGCGAGGAAGCUGGCGAGCGGCUGGCUGGAUCAUGUGUUUGACCCGGAGAGCGCGAGCGCCAAGAAGGUGGACGAGAUCACGGAGCUCGAGAAGGACAUGUGA